AUGACAGAAUUGGAGGAGAAAUCGCUUCUUCAAUAUAUAUUAGAUAUGGAUGAAAGAGGGUUUAGUCCUCGAAUAAGUGAUGUGGAAGAUAUGGCAAAUUAUAUACUCGAAACGCGGGGUGCGAAGAAGGUUGGAAAGCUCUGGGCUCAUCGUUUUGUGAAACGACAUACAGAAUUAAAGACGCGUUUUAAUCGCGUUUAUGACUUUCAAAGAGCUCUCUGCGAAGAUUCAGAGCUUAUUGAAAGAUGGUUUCGAUUAGUAUCGAAUAUGCGGGCCAAAUAUGGUAUUCUAGACUGCGAUUUCUACAACUUCGAUGAGACAGGCUUUAUGAUGGGACAAAUAUCACCAUAUAUAGUAGUUACUAAAGCUGAUCGAUAUGGAAAAAGCAAAGCUAUACAACCAGGCAAUCGGGAAUGGGCUACAGCGAUUAUUUGUGUUGAUGGAGAAGGUCAUAAUAUACCUCCGUUUUUGAUAGUAAAAGGCGAAUACCACCUUUCAAAUUGGUAUACCGAAGGCGAUUUACCAUACGAUUGGCUUAUUAAACCUACUACCAAUGGAUGGACAGAUAAUGAGACAGGUCUUGAAUGGAUUAAGCACUUCAACAAAUAUACUGAAAGUAGGAAACAAUCUCAAACACCUCACAAUCCAAUUGAAGCUUUUUCCCAAUCCACUUUAGUGAAAAGUCAGCUCCUAGCUUAUGCGAAUACACUUUUAACUGCUGAGGUUCAUAAUCUCCACAAAGCAAAUGAAGCACUUAGUAAACGCCAAAGAGCUAGAAAAGCUUUAAUACAAAAAGGAGAAGCACUUUCAAUAAAAGAUAAGCAUAAUAUAUUAGAACAAAAGAAUGUAGAAGAUCAGAUACAACGCAACGAAUAUACAAAUGAUAGUUCUUCAGCAAGGAGGCAAGCUACUAUACAACGAUGUAGCAAAUGCAGUAGUACUUUACAUAAUGCACGAACUUGUCAGUUCGAUCCAGCAUUAGUUGAUCUUUAG